CGUUGUCUUCUGCAAUAAACGAAUUUGUUAACGUAGGCUUAAUUAAUCACAAAGUUUAGUAAAUUAGUAUUGGCCAGCGUUAGUUUGUCAAGACAACUUCUUUUCUUCACAUUUUGACAUUUAUGGGUAUAAAUGUUUUUAGAGAUCAACCGUGUUGGCUUUGGCAAGUAGACAUGAAUGAUGAUUAUCACACGCAUAUAUCAGCAUUACCAUCUGAAGUGUUACUGGAAGUUUUUGCUUCUUUGGAUGCUACCAGUCUGUGUCAAGCCUGCCUGACCUGUAAACAAUGGUACAAUAUCAUAAGUGAAUCCCAGACACUGUGGAAGCUGCAGUGUUUGAAAAUUACUGAUGAUGAGGUUAAAUCUCACCUACUGAAAACCAGGAAUGUGGGCCAGUCCUGGAAAGAAGCAUUCAAGAAGAACUAUGGCAAAAGUUACAUCAAACAGAAGUGGAAAGAGGGACGCUUUUCAAAACCAACAAGCUUCUCAGAUCUUCCGAAAAGAGUCAUUUGUCCAAUGGAUGCUAGCACUUGGGGAGAAAUUUUUCAGAUGGAACUUGAGAGAUGAAAUACAAACAUUUGAACAGUAUCACUAUUAUUUAUUAAUAGUUUUUAAAAAUAUACAUAUAUAUUUAUAUUAUCAUGUUGAACAUGAAAGAGACAUGUCACAAUAUUUAUCUUCUCCCAGUGAGUAGUACAGAUAUAGAUUUUAAUUCUAAAUUAUUUAUUACUAUGCAGAAUUGUUAUUAAUACAAUGUAUAUUUAAUUUAUAUUUUACCUUCAUGUUAGAGCUGCAAUGCCUGGAUGCAAUGCUUGUUUUUAAGUAUACCAGUAAAUAUUUUGGUAUAAAAUAUAGAUGUACAAAAAUAUUAAAACUUGUUUUGAGUGUUCGUUAUUAUUUUUUAUCAUCAACAUGCACUUACGAUCAAGAGUGUCACUAGCUCAAUGGAAAAAUUAUGUUUUAAAAUAAAGUGCCAAUGUAACAAUACAUUGUCAUUUAAGUUAACAUUUUAGCAAUAUAUUUUAAAAUUAACACUUUAAACAAUAUAUUUCAAGUUAUUGCAUAAUUUAUAUAUUCACAACACUAAGUCACGGUGUACUGAAUGGCAAAUUAAUUAGAUGUUUAUCCCAAAAAGUUAUUAGUAUAUUGUAUUAUUACUGUCAUAUUAAGGCGGUUGGAGGGAGGUUUCUUUUUUGUCAAUUACUUUGGCAAACAAAUUACAAUAAUUUGUUUUAAAAUAUAAAUAAGAUAGAAUCAUAUUUGCAGACUGAUGGACAAACGGACAAAUAUUGUGCUGACAACUAUAUCUUUUGAACUUUAACCUGCAGUGUGAAUUAUUUUGAAAUGUUAUUUUAUCUCAUACAUAAUCCCCUUUAUGAACGUUCAAAGAUGAUGAUAUACCUAUUAUACUUGUAAAGCUAAUUUGUUUUUAUGUAGUCUAUUUAAAGUUUUGUUACGUUAAAUUGUAUUUUUCAGAGUUUGUGAUUUUAAUUUCAUUUGUCAUCUAAUAAAGAAAAUUAUUGUUUAAUAGUACUUAAAGAUUUUGUUGUGUAUUACCAUGCAGAAAAAAAAAAGGCAUUCACAUAUCAGCUAUUAUAUCAGUUUUCAUAUACCUAGGAAUCUGUAACUAACAUUCUAGUCAAGAAAUAUGGGAACAGGAAUAGUAGGUAAGUCAGAAAAUCUUUAAUGCUAAUGUUUCAAUUAAUAAUCACUAGACUUUGUGUAUAAGACUAUUCAAGCCAGGACCUUUUUUAAAAACUUCCACAAUAUAAUUAUCAUUGACCGGGUUUAUUGGUACACAUUAUUUGUACUGGAAUUUAAAAAGCAGAGAGGAAUGUCUGCAGUUAUUACAUUUUAAUUUUUACUAAUUGACUAACAAACUGUCACAACUGUCACAUGUGUGAAUAGCCUUAUGAUUCAUUAAGCAAUAAUGUGUAAAAUGAAGCGUUAAAAAGUUGAAUCAGCAGUGAUUAUGUUCCAAUGAUUACAUUUGUUACGGUAAUAAUCAUAUGACUUAUGUUAAAAGCUCACCAUAUGAAGAUUCAGAAAUAGAAAUCCUUAUUUUUUUUAGAAGUCCAUAUUUUCCUUGGAAUUUGUUCAACAAAGUUAUAACAAUAUGAAAACAAUUGUGUAACCAAUUUAUAUAGGAGUAUUCUAUCACAACAAACAUAUUGCACAUUUUAUACAACUGCUACGCCAUUAACAAGAGUAACAGUGAGGUACACAACAUGCCCAUCAGGAGUUUGAUGGAAAACCAUAUUUAUAUGAAUGAAUAUGUUACAGGUACGAUUCAAAUCUAAUUAUGUGAAACGUUUGCAACGGGAUGCAUGAACACUUUGUUUUGGACCAACCACCAUCCCAAGUCAUUCCUACACGUGGUUUGAUGUUCCUGUAUGCAUCUGUAUGCAAUAUAUGAUCUGGACAAGGAUUUACUGUUAUGUGCUGUAGAACGUGAAAAGUAGGUCACAGUGACCUAGUAAUAGAACACGACAUACUGUCAUCCCAAGUUGUUC